AUGAUACAGUCUGAGCCUUACGACCCGCUGCAGGAGGCUUAUGGAGGUGGGACACCUCUUAGAGCUGAGGAAGUGGCGUCGGUAUCAAAUGAGCAUGGGAAAGAAGGUUAUGUUUCUUGGGCGAAUGCUAUCCCAGGUAAGCAGGGCCUGUACGAUCCUGAGUAUGAGAAGGAUGCCUGUGGUGUUGGAUUUGUUGCUAACAUCAAAGGAGAUCCUUCGCAUAAAAUUGUUUCAGAUGCCAAGUACUUGCUAUGUAACAUGACACACAGAGGCGCUGUCUCCACUGACGGUAAUGGUGACGGUGCGGGCAUCUUGGUUGGGAUUCCACAUGUGUUCAUGAAAAGAGAGUUCAAACUGGAGUUAGGUGUGGAUGUGCCUGAGGAGCAUCACUAUGCCGUCGGCAACAUCUUUUUCAAGAAGGAUGCACCGGCAGCGUUGGAUGCCUCCAAAAGAACGUUUGAGCAGCUUGCAGAAUCGUUAGAGCUCAAGGUUUUAGGUUGGAGAGAAGUUCCUCAUGAUUCUUCAAUAUUGGGAUCUGUUGCACUUUCUCGGGAGCCUAUUAUCCUGCAGCCUAUGGUCGUGCUGAGCGAGACCUAUGGACAGGAUGUGCCAUCUUCUGAGUUUAAGGCGAAGUAUGAGACUAAGUUUAGAACACAGUUGUACAUCUUGAGGAAGCAGGCAUCUGUUGCUAUCGGUAUUCAAAACUGGUUCUACGUUUGUUCUCUGAAUAACAGGACGAUUGUGUACAAAGGUCAGCUAACCCCAACUCAGGUGUAUAGUUAUUACCAUGAUUUGACCAAUGCGCAUUUUAAGUCUCACUUGGCCCUAGUGCACUCUAGAUUCUCAACCAAUACUUUCCCAUCUUGGGAUCGAGCUCAGCCUUUACGUUGGUUGGCACACAAUGGUGAAAUCAACACUUUGAGGGGGAACAAGAAUUGGAUGCGUGCUAAGGAAGGUGUUAUGGCGUCCGAAGUGUUCCAAGAUCAGCUGGAAAAGUUGUAUCCUAUUAUAGAAGAGGGUGGUUCAGAUUCAGCAGCAUUAGACAAUGUCUUGGAGCUAUUGGUGAUCAACGGCGUUCUUUCUUUACCCGAAGCUAUGUGCUUGAUGGUUCCUGAGGCGUAUCAUAAGGACAUGGAUUCGAACUUGAAGGCGUGGUUUGAUUGGGCAGCUUGUUUAAUGGAGCCAUGGGAUGGUCCUGCUCUGCUCACCUUCACGGAUGGUCGUUAUACGGGUGCUACAUUGGAUCGUAACGGUUUAAGACCUUGCAGAUACUACAUAACAUCUGAUGAUCGUGUUAUUUGUGGUUCCGAGGUAGGUGUUAUCCCGGUAGCAAACGAAUUAGUUAUUUCUAAAGGUAAGUUGAAACCAGGGGAUAUGUUGCUGGUGGACACAGAAAAGGGUGAAAUGGUCGACACUAAAGCCUUAAAGCAAACCUUCUCUAAGAAGCAAGACUUUAAAUCAUGGUUAUCGAAAGUUAUUAAGCUUGAAGAUUUACUAGUUAAGACUGAGAAAUACAUUCCAUCAAAACUUGUUUCUAACAACUCUUCAUUAAAAGUGCAGCAAGACCCAAGAUUAUUAGCAUUGGGUUACACUUUUGAACAAGUUUCACUAUUAUUAGUUCCUAUGGCUUUGGGGGGUAAAGAGGCCCUAGGGUCUAUGGGUAAUGAUGCCCCACUAGCAUGCCUCAAUGAGGAUCCAGUUCUCAUUUAUGAAUAUUUUAGACAACUAUUUGCUCAAGUUACCAACCCCCCUAUUGAUCCAAUUCGUGAAGCUAAUGUUAUGUCACUGGAGUGUUUUGUCGGCCCUCAGGGUAACCUGUUGGAGAUGCAUCCAUCUCAAUGUGAUCGUUUAUUAUUAAAGUCGCCCAUUUUAAAGUGGAAUGAGUUUGAGGCUCUAAAGCAUAUUGAAAAGGUUCAUCCAUCAUGGUCUUGUGCAAAUAUUGAUAUUACUUUUGAAAAGCACCAAGGUUUAUUAGGCUAUACAGACUCUAUUGAGCGUAUUACACAGGAAGCUUCUGAUGCUAUUGAGCAAGGCAAGAAGAUACUGUUGAUAUCUGACAGAAAUAUUGGUCCAGACAGAAUCCCAAUUUCAUCUCUCAUUGCUAUUGGUGCUAUCCAUCAUCAUCUCAUCAGGAACAAACAGCGUUCACAAGUUUCUUUGAUCUUAGAAACGGGAGAAGCUCGUGAAGUACACCAAUUCUGUGUUUUACUCGGUUAUGGAUGUGAUGGUAUCUUCCCAUACCUAGCCAUGGAAACUCUAAUUAGAAUGAACCAGGAAGGAUUGGUACGUAAUGUCAACGACGAUAAUGCGGAAAUUGCCGAUAGCAAGCUACUCAAUAACUACAUAGCUGCUAUUGAUAGUGGUAUCUUGAAGGUUAUGUCUAAGAUGGGUAUUUCUACAUUAGCAUCUUAUAAGGGAGCUCAGAUUUUUGAAGCAUUAGGUUUAGAUAACUCUGUCAUCGACUUAUGCUUUGCUGGUACAGCCUCUAGAAUUAAGGGUAUCACUUUUGAAUAUUUAGCUCAAGAUGCAUUUUCUUUGCAUGAACGUGGUUUCCCAUCUAGAUUUACCACCAAAAAAUCUGUCAAUCUUCCAGAAGCUGGGGAGUAUCACUGGAGAGAUGGUGGUUUUAAACAUGUUAAUGACCCAACUGCCAUCGCUGCACUGCAAGACUCGGUUAGAAACAAAAAUGAAGAAGCAUGGGAUUUAUAUGUGAAAAAGGAGACAGAGGCAAUUAGAGGAUGUACUCUAAGAGGUCUUUUGGAAUUGGAUUAUGAGUCUUCUACUCCUAUUCCUUUGGAACAGGUUGAGCCAUGGACGGAGAUAGCAAGACGGUUUGCUACAGGAGCCAUGUCGUACGGUUCUAUUUCCAUGGAAGCUCAUUCUACCUUAGCCAUUGCCAUGAACCGCUUAGGAGCCAAGUCAAACUGUGGUGAGGGUGGUGAAGAUUCUGAACGUUCUAUAGUUCAUUCUAAUGGGGAUACCAUGAGAUCAGCAAUCAAACAGGUAGCAUCUGCCAGAUUUGGUGUUACUUCUCAUUAUUUAUCGGACGCCGAUGAGAUUCAAAUUAAGAUUGCUCAAGGUGCCAAGCCUGGUGAAGGUGGUGAAUUGCCAGCGCACAAGGUUUCACAGGACAUUGCUAAAACCAGACAUUCCACUCCAUAUGUGGGUUUGAUUUCACCUCCACCGCACCAUGAUAUAUAUUCUAUUGAAGAUUUAAAGCAACUGAUCUACGAUUUGAAGUGUUCCAAUCCCAGAGCUGGUAUUUCCGUUAAAUUGGUUUCAGAAGUUGGAGUUGGUAUUGUUGCCUCCGGUGUUGCUAAGGCAAAGGCUGAUCACAUCUUGGUCUCUGGACAUGAUGGUGGUACUGGUGCUGCAAGGUGGACUUCGGUUAAGUACGCUGGUCUGCCAUGGGAAUUGGGUUUAGCAGAAACUCAUCAAACUCUAGUUUUGAACGACUUAAGACGUAACGUUGUUGUGCAAACAGAUGGUCAAUUAAGAACUGGUUUUGACAUUGCAGUUGCAAUUUUGUUGGGUGCAGAAUCUUUCACUCUUGCUACCAUACCAUUGAUUGCUAUGGGCUGUAUUAUGCUAAGAAAAUGUCACUUAAAUGCCUGUGCAGUCGGUAUUGCAACCCAAGAUCCCUUUUUGAGAUCCAAGUUUAAGGGACAACCAGAGCAUGUCAUUAACUUUUUCUACUAUUUGAUUCAAGAUCUGAGAAAGAUUAUGGCAAAGCUUGGAUUUCGUACCGUUGAUGAGAUGGUUGGUCAUUCUGAGAAGUUAAGGAAGAGAGAAGAUGUACCAACUAAGGCUUUAAACAUUGACCUAUCUCCAAUCUUAACACCAGCUCAUAUAAUUCGUCCUGGUGUUCCAACUAGUUUCACUAAAAAGCAAGACCACAAACUACAUGUUCGUUUAGACAACAAGUUAAUUGAUGAAGCUGAGGUCACGUUGGACAAGGGGUUGCCAGUAACUAUAGAUGCUUCUAUCAUUAAUACUGACCGUGCUUUUGGCUCCACCUUAUCAUACAGGGUUUCCAAGAGGUUCUGUGAGCAUGGUCUUCCACAAGAUACAAUUGUAGUUAAUAUUAAUGGUUCUGCUGGCCAAUCUUUUGGUGCAUUUUUAGCAUCUGGUAUCACCUUCGUUUUGAGCGGUGAUGCCAACGAUUAUGUCGGAAAAGGAUUAUCUGGUGGUAGAAUAAUCAUCAAACCUCCUGAGAACUCAAAGUUUAAGUCUGAUGAAAAUGUUAUUGUUGGUAACACUUGUUUCUAUGGUGCAACUUCUGGUCAUGCUUUUAUUGCAGGUAGCGUGGGUGAACGUUUUGCAGUUCGUAAUUCUGGUGCUACUAUUCUGGCCGAAAGAAUCAAGGGCAACAAUGCAUUCGAAUAUAUGACUGGUGGUAGGGUAGUUGUGCUAUCUCAAAUGGAGUCGUUGAAUGCAUUUUCUGGCGCCACCGGUGGAAUUGCAUACUGUUUGGUUUCCGAUUAUGAUGACUUUGUUGGGAAGAUAAACUUAGAUACCGUCGAAUUGGAAAGUUUGACUGAUCCAGUAGAGAUUGCAUUUGUUAAGAACUUGAUUCAAGAACAUCAUAACUACACUAAGUCCGAAUUAGCUGCUAGAAUUUUGCAACAUUUCAACCACUAUCUUCAGAACUUUGUUAAGGUUAUUCCUACCGAUUACAAGAAGGUUUUGGAAAAUCAACAUGCCGAAAAGACCAAGGAGAAGCAGAGAUCGACCAUGGAAUACAUGAAAAAGUUUAGUCCCAAGGCUGAUAUCUCGUCUGAUGCUACGAACGGUGAGCUUCUGGCUAUUACCAAAGCUAAGAAACAGCAAGUCUCCGCUAGAACGAUUUCUAUUAAAUCUACACUAUCAGAGCCCAAGGUGGUUGACUUGGAGGAUGCGGUUCAAGAUAAUGAGCGUUUGAACAAGAACUUGGAGAAGGUCGAAAAAAUGGACAGGGUAUAUGGUUUUAUGAAGUAUAAGUUGCGCCAUGAGGAGUACAGAAAUGUCAAAACCAGAACUAAAGACUGGAAGGAGCUAUCUUCUGCUAUCACAAAGAAAGAUGCAAAAUUCCAAACAGCUAGAUGUAUGGACUGUGGUGUUCCGUUCUGUACUUCCGAUACUGGUUGUCCAAUCUCCAAUAUCAUCCCAAAAUUUAACGAGUUAGUUUUCAAAAAUCAAUGGAAAUUGGCUUUGGAUAAAUUAUUGGAGACUAACAACUUCCCUGAGUUCACUGGAAGAGUUUGCCCGGCUCCGUGCCAAGGAGCUUGUACCUUAGGUAUUAGUGAAGACCCAGUCGGUAUUAAAUCCAUUGAAAGGUUAAUUAUUGAUAAUGGAUUUAAGGAAGGCUGGAUUAAGCCUUGCCCACCAGAGGUCAGGACAGGUCAUUCUGUUGCAAUUAUUGGCUCUGGCCCUGCUGGUUUGUCCUGUGCUGACCAAUUGAACCGCGCCGGUCACUCUGUCACUGUUUUUGAAAGAGCUGAUCGUUGUGGUGGUUUACUAAUGUAUGGUAUUCCUAACAUGAAGUUGGAUAAGAGCAUUGUUCAAAGACGUGUAGACUUGUUGGAGGCAGAAGGCAUUAAAUUUGUCACAAAUACAGAAGUCGGUAAGGAUAUCGGUAUUGAAGAAUUGAAAUCCAGAUUCCAGGCUGUUGUGUAUGCGAUUGGUUCUACUAUCCCAAGAGAUUUGAGGAUACCUGGACGUGAAUUGAAGAACAUCGACUUUGCAAUGACACUCCUAAAGAGCAACACAGAAGCUCUAUUGGCCAAGGACCUAGAAACCGUUAGAGGUCAGAUUGCAGGAAAGAAAGUUAUCGUCAUUGGUGGUGGUGAUACUGGUAAUGACUGUUUGGGUACCUCUGUCAGACAUGGCGCUGCUAGUGUUUUGAACUUUGAGUUACUACCACAACCUCCAAAGGAACGUGGUAAGGACAACCCUUGGCCCCAAUGGCCACGUAUUAUGAGAAUUGACUAUGGCCAUGCAGAGGUUAAGGAGCAUUACGGAAGAGACCCAAGGGAAUUCUGCAUCUUAUCCAAGGAGUUUGUCGGAAACGAGGCUGGUGAGGUCAAGGCGAUCAAGACUGUACGUGUUGAGUGGAAGAAAUCACAGUCAGGAGUUUGGCAAAUGGUUGAGGUUCCAGGCUCUGAGGAAGUUUUUGAAGCUGAUAUUGUUCUUUUGUCCAUGGGUUUUGUUGGACCGGAGUUGAUCGAUGAUCCUUCAGUGCAGAAGUCUAAAAGAGGAACUAUUAACACUAUAUCUGACUCUUCGUAUUGUGUAGAUGGUGGUAAGUUGUUUGCUGCUGGUGACUGUAGAAGAGGCCAAUCGUUGAUCGUCUGGGCCAUUCAAGAGGGUAGGAAGUGUGCCACUGCCAUCGAUAACCAUUUGAUGGGUUGCACUGGCCUACCUGGUAAUGGUGGUAUUGUGAAGCGUGACUUCAAGUUAUUGGAAGAACUUGCUUCUGCAUUUUAG